UUCAUGGUUUAUACGUCUGUGCGACUGAUGACUGAUGAGCGAGCUGGCGAGCAUAUGCUUUGUAUUUAACGUUUUGAGGUUAAGUUAAGCGUCGAUUGCCGAUACAAAGUUUGAAUUAUUCAUUUUUAAGAUAAAAUAUUAUUCAAGAUGGCUGCCGUAACAAAACCAAAAUCUGAAAUGACUUCAGAUGAGUUAGCUCAAAGAGAAGCCGAAGAAUUUAAUACUGGACCACUUUCUGUUUUAACACAGUCCGUAAAAAAUAAUACUCAGGUACUUAUUAACUGUAGAAAUAAUAAAAAAUUAUUAGGCAGAAUAAAAGCUUUUGAUAGACAUUGUAAUAUGGUGUUAGAAAAUGUAAAAGAAAUGUGGACUGAGUUACCCAGAACUGGAAAAGGCAAGAAAAAGGCAAAACCAGUGAACAAAGAUCGUUUCAUUUCCAAAAUGUUCCUUCGUGGUGAUUCCGUAAUUCUUGUUCUACGUAAUCCUUUGGCAACUGCUGCUGGAAAAUAAUAUUCUUAAGUA